AUGUUGCAAGAAUCCAAGUAAAACAGAGUAUGCAUUCCAACCCAAAGUGCAGUUCAAGAAUAACUUCAAUACGUACACCCAAUUCUAAUUGAAGGUUACUUGUGGAGCUGAGAGUACAUUCUGCAUCACAAUACAUAAGAAAGUGUUUAUGUGGGGAUCGGGGAUUCAGAUCCCCUAACAAUUGGAACUCCAGGAUAUUGAGUAGAUAGCAGCUUCAAAGGAGCAUUGGUUUGCAUGGUCGGAGACACAGGUUUUCGGGUGGUAAGAGAGUGGCAAUUAAUGAUUAUUAGUGGUUCGAACAAGUAAGGCAAAUUGGGCAUGAAUAACUCAGUCAAUACUCCCACAUUGUUUGACAUUUUCAGCGAAGCCUCUCAAUAUGGAUGGCAACUUCAAAAGAUAGCUGUGGGAUUGGAUCAUAGUGUGGCAUUAAUUGAAGUUGAGGAGGAAAACAAGAUUUUCGUUUGGGGUUCCAAUGCUUAUUAGCAAUUGGGUUUCGAUGCCUCAGAAUAAUUUGUUGCUAUUCCUCAUCAAUUAGAUUUGGAUAAUCUUCCUCGAAUUGUUGACAUCUAUGCAUAACAUAAUUACACAAUGGCCAUAGACGAAGAAGGUCGUCUCUUUUCAUGGGGAAGCAAUGAAUUUGGUCGUCUAGGAUAGAAUGCAUUUGCCAAGUGUAUGAAAUUGCCAUCUCCCAUAACUUCCCUUGGCAAUCUCAAAAUAGCUAAAUUGGCCUUGGGAACAUUUCAUGUGUUGGCAAUUGAUACUCAAGGCAAUCUGUAUUCAUGGGGUCGUGGAUUGCAAGGGUAAUUGGGACAUGGCAAUUCGAAUGAUUGCAGUAAGCCCAAUCAAAUCAGUUCAUUGUCAUCCAUUAGAGAGGUGGCAUGUGGAGAAGCUCACAGCAUGGCACUAUAAAACAAUGGUUCAGUGUAUGUCUUCGGAUCUGGUCAAUUUGGAUAAUUGGGAUUGGGAGAUUACAAGCAACAAGAUGCUCCACAGAUGUUGCAGAUGCAUGGAGAAAUGAUCGCUUGUGGGAGACAUCACUCGGCUGUGCUUACUAAGAGUGGGACUUUGUUUAUGUUCGGGAACAACGAGAGUAGUCAGUUGGGAUUAGAAUGCGGAAAGAGUGGUGCCUAUUCGACUCCUUUGCCCAAACAAAGUCCUAUGAAUGUAUAUUACAGCCCUUAUGCAAUUUAGAUAGACCAAUCAAAUCUUUGAGCUGACUGAUGAAUUCAUGAAUAAGAUUGAGGCCAGUAGGAGUGAAGAUCUUGAACAGGUAAGUAGUAUGUCUAUUCACUCUAGUUAUUGAUCGAGUAUCAGUAGAAUACGCAGCAGAUUCCGAAUACUCAAACAACUAUUUUCAUCAAGGAUCUGAUGGAGAGAGUGAUCGCACUCCUGAAGAAGAAAUGA